AGAUUUCUCUUCGAGGCAGCAGCUUAAGGAAUGCCGGGAAGGACGGCAAUGGUGAUGCGAGUAGAAGAGCAACUGGUAAGCGCAGGAUACACUGUGACAAUACUUCUCCGAGCAUACCUAGACGAGGACUUGACGGCGAGCGAAUGCGGACGGCGAGCUAGGGAAUUGAUUCACGAGCGUAGAGCUGGUAUACUUGCGCGAGUAACCUUCCAGACCUCAAUCACCUAUGACGUGAUGGUAUGGUCUCGUGGUUAUAUGCRCGCAGAGCACUUCCACGACGAGACUGUAGCGGAAGCUGGAGCGAGGGGCCCGAUGGAACUCGACACGAUGGGGUCACAACCGAUCAUGAGCGAAGUGGGAGAAGAGUACAGGACAUCGCCCGAUCGAGCCCUGAGAGAUCUCAAGAACCGAAUUAGGCGUGAAGCGCCGCUGAGAUGGGCCGACCAAACCAAUGACGAAGGGCCCGAUGAAAGGGGCGAACCGGCAGUGACAGAGCCGCGGGGAGCUCUAAAGACAGGCAUCUCGAGCGAAYGGCGGGAAGUGACGAGGAGACGCUCUCCCGAGUACGAGCGAAGAGACACCACAGCGGACAGGCACGGAGACGACUGGAGAGAGAGUUUGASGGAUUCCUAUUGGAGGGACAGAGAUAGAGACAGGGCGCCGCCCAGGCGAGUCUUCGACCCCCAGACAAGGGAGUCGCAUCCGCUUCCUUACGAGAGCAAGGAUCGCUAUAUUAUCACACACAAGGCCUCGGAGCCUCCUACUUUCAGGGGCUAUGGUAUCACUGAAUAUCUGGAGAAGUGGGAGCUUCACGCCUGCCGGAGUCGGUGGUCAGAGGAAGAGAUUAUAGAGAACUUCCUAUUUAACGUGGACCCAAGUCUCGGUAGGGAAGUCAAAGAAGCUCGACCAAAGGAUGGAAGAUGGGCUACUUACAAGAAGAAUCUCGUAGAGCUUUACAAAUUAGAGGAUAACAAGUAUUCCAUCAGAGACCUAGAAACAAUAAUUCAAGAAGAAGAUGAGAGCGUGCGGGCAUUUGGGAUGCGUUUCCAUAAGAUCUCUGACGUGCUGAUGAAGAAGGGGAAGAUCUCUGAGGUCAAGCGCUUCAAGAACUGCAGCUCUGACCUGCUCUUGGGACGGACGUGGCUAAGCCACGUGCAUGCGGUGACGAUAGAGCGACCUGACGGGAGUCAGACAUUGUCCAUUAAGAAGCCAGACGGGACGCGAGUGAUGAUUGAGACGGUGGAGCCUCAGGACCCGAGGAACAGAGCAGCUCUCGCUGUGGGUGCGAGACCCAGUGAUCAGGUUAGGUCUUUACCUAUCUCCAGCCGCGCGGUGCGAUUUCGCAAGAAGGAGUAUGGACCACUGCUCACAGAGGAAGAAGGCCGAAUCGUCGAGGUAGAAGAUUUAGGGAGUCGGUUAAUAGUGGAUGGCAACUCAUACCCAAAGGAAGAAGAUGAGGAAUUAGGCGGUGUGGUAUCCAAGGAGAAGGAAGAAGUUAUCGCUUUCCUGAAAGAGAAGAUGGUAUCCCAUGUCGCGGAGCCGUCUGAUAGUGCUUAUGCAAAUCGAUGGUUCUUCCUGCGUAAGCCGAAUGGCAAGAUCCGAUGGAUCCAGGACCUUCAGAAGGUCAACGCGGUGACGAUACGAGACGUGGGCUCCGUGCCACACGCCGAUUUAUUGGCAGAAGGCGCAGCCGGUAGGUCGAUCUAUUCGGUCUGUGAUCUGUUCUCAGGCUAUGAUGAGGUACCGCUUGACCCUAGGGACAGGCACCUCACGGCUAUGCAUACGCCAUUGGGACUAAUUCAGAUGAUGGUCGUCCCUAUGGGUUGGACUAAUGGGAUAGCCGUUUUUCAGAGAACCAUGGUAGAUGUCCUCAAGAACUUCAUCCCUGAUAAGGUUGAAGUUUUUCUGGAUGACUUCCCUAUAAAAGGGCCAGUAGACAGGGAUGAGACGGAGGUCAUACCUGGAGUCAGGAGAUUCGUCGAGCAGCAUCUAACAGAUAUUUCCGCAGUGCUCGAGCAGCUGGACGAUGCCAAUUUAACAGUUAGCGGAACAAAGAGCCGAUGGGCCGUUUCAACUAUAAAGAUCUUGGAGUUUAUAUGUGACUCGAGAGGGUGACGAGCAGACCCAACGAAGUUAGACAAACUUCUGAACUGGCCGUCGCCGCUACAUAGCGCAACCG